AUUCUCCCAAUACAAAAAUACCUUUUAUCUUCUACAACUCAUCAAGUUAUCAAUGGCAUCAAACAAAUCUUUCAUCAAAGCUUUACUUGUUGUUGUGACCAUAUCAAGCAUGAGUGUAGAUGCUCGCCAUCUUUUGCAAGCAACCUCACAACAACCUAAUUUUCCCACCAUUCCCUCUUUACCAAAACCAACAACAACAUUGCCACCUUUGCCUUCAAUUCCUCCAUUGCCUACUUACAUUCCAUCUCUUCCUAAACUGACUAUGCCACCUCUUCCUAGCCUUCCAACCAAUAUUCCAACUCUCAACGUUCCACCAUUGCCAGCACUCACGUCACUUCCCAACAUUCCCACCUCAAUCCCAAUUACUUUUCCUUCCAUUCCAUUUCUUUCCCCACCACCUUCAACAUCUAGCCCUUAAAUAACUCUAUGUACACCGUGUAUUAUGUGAUCAUAUGAAUGCAUGCAAUAGACAUUGCAUCAUUUCUUUAUUGUGUGGGAUAAAACUGUGUAUUGGUUAUAAUAUUGGUAGUAUCUUUAUUGAUAAAGCCUUUGUACUUUCUCCAAAUUUAAAUUUAUUUCCUAGUUUGAAGCUAUAGCUUGUAAUUUGAAUUAAUA